AUGUCCGACGAAGGAGACUUCGACUUCGGCGACAAUGUUGACAAAGCCACCUUCGAGCAGAUCCUUGACAUGGACGAAGAGGACGAUCGUGACUUCAGCAAGUCUAUCGUGUUUGGAUUCCUUGAGCAGGCUGAACAGACCUUUGGCAAGAUGGACACCGCAAUAAAGGACAAGAAUCUCCCAGAACUCUCUAGCCUCGGUCACUUCCUCAAAGGAUCUUCUGCCACAUUAGGGUUCACCAAAGUCAAGGACGAAUGCGAGAAGAUUCAGCACUACGGCCACAAGAAGAAUGAGACCGGCGAAAUCGAUGAACCUGAUGAAGAGAAAUGCCUUCGACUCAUUGGGGAAAGCAUCGCCGAAGCCAAGCGGGCUUAUGAGGUCGUCAAUGGUCUCAUGAAGCAGUUCUACACCGAGUCCUAG